CGUUACGUCAUUGCCCGGGGUUUCCUAGAGAAGUGAACCUUACGGCGUCAUGGUGGAGGCCGGUUGUCGGAAGAUACUGGAUUGAAAUGCCAUCUUUCUACAGUCGCAGUCGACCCCCGAGUACUAGACUUUGCUAGCACUUGAAACGGAUAUAAAGGGUUUCCUGUUUUGGAGUGAGAGGAAAGCCAAUAUUGCGCCAGUUCUACCGAACUGUGUCGUUACGGACUGCUCUCCCAACUGGGAGAUAGCUGGCUAGCUAGCAAGCCUAAGCAAGCGUUAACUAGCUAUCAGCGCCUGCUAGCUCACAAGUUAAAUAAAAGAAGAAAGGACCUCUGAAGUGGAAAGGCGAAUUUCGACAACUAUUCUACUGAAGUUUCGCAGGUUAUCCACGCACAACAUAAUACAUAGGGUUGUCAGGGGAGGUCUGUAUUUUUGGACUUCAGCAUGGCUGGACGCAGUGAGGAUGAAAGUGUAAGCAAUAGUAGUGGAGAAUCAAGUAAUUCUGAUGAUGAAUCUGGUUCUGGAUCGGGCUCAGCAUCAGGAUCUGGCUCAGGCUCCAGUUCCACCUCCUCCAGCAGCAGCAGCCAGUCGGGGAGCAGUGACUCAGGUAGUGGCUCAGAUUCUGGCAGCCAGUCAGAUUCUGACACAGAAAAAUCCAAGGAGAAGUUUGAACAGCCAAAUAAGUCAAACAUCGAUGGAGCUGAGUUCUGGAAGUCCAACCCAAGUAUCCUAGCAGUGCAAAGAUCUGCUAUGCUCAGGAAACAACAGCUUCAGCAGCAGAAGCAGAGACAAAGCUCCUCAAAUAGUGAAUCUGAUGAGGACUCAUCAAGUAGUGGUGAAACUGACUCAUCAAGUGGGUCCAAAAGGAGAAGAAAUUCAGGCUCCUCUGACUCUGGAUCAGGUUCUGAAUCUGGUAGUGGUUCUCGAUCAAACUCAUCAGCAGAGGAUAACAGUGACGAAACCGCAUCAGACUAUGAGCCCAGUCACAAAAUUAAAAGCAGAAAACCUCCUGCCAAUAUGAGUUUUCGGAAUGGGAAGAAAAGCAGCACCCAGAGGAAGAAAGCCCCAAAGGGUUCUUCUUCUGAGGAUGAGGGUGAUACCUACAAGAAGGUGACAUCUGCGGGUUCACGACGGCAGGCUACAGUGAACAUCAGCUAUAAGGAGGAUGAGGAGCUGAAGACCGACUCAGAUGAUCUUGUGGAAGUUCUUGGUGAAGAUGUCCCCCAGCUUGAGGAAGAUGAGUUUGAAACAGUGGAGAGAGUGAUGGACAGCAGGAUAGGGAGGAAAAGAGCAACUGGAAGUGUAACCACUGUAUACGCUGUAGAAGCAGACGGGGACCCCAAUGUCAACUUCAACUCCAACAAAGAAGUUGGUGAGAUCCAGUAUUUGAUAAAGUGGAAGAACUGGGCCCACAUCCACAACACUUGGGAGACAGAAGAGACACUCAAGUUACAGAAUGUCAAGGGCAUGAAGAAACUGGACAAUUUCAAGAAGAAGGACCAAGAAAAAAAGAGAUGGUUAAAGAUGGCUUCACCAGAGGAUAUAGAAUAUUUCAACUGCCAGGAAGAACUGAUGAAUGACCUGCACUCUCAGUACCAGCUUGUAGAGCGAAUCAUUGGACAUUCAAACCAGAAGUCAGCGGCUGGUUACCCAGACUACCUGUGUAAGUGGCAGGGUUUACCAUACUCAGAGUGUAGCUGGGAAGAUGGUGCUCUGAUUGCCAAAAAGUUCCAGAAAUGCAUUGAUGACUACAUGAGCAGAAACCAGUCCAAGACCAUUCCAUCCAGAGACUGCAAGGUGCUCAAACACAGACCCAGGUUUGUGCCCAUGAAGAAGCAGCCAGCUUACAUAGGAGGUGAAGGACUGGAACUCCGAGACUACCAAUUGGACAGUUUGAACUGGAUGGCUCACUCCUGGUGCAAAGGCAACAGUUGUAUUCUUGCUGAUGAGAUGGGUUUAGGGAAGACCAUUCAGACCAUCUGCUUCCUCAACUACCUGUUUAAUGAGCAUCAACUCUAUGGACCCUUCUUGCUGGUUGUGCCUCUCUCUACACUAACCUCCUGGCAAAGGGAAAUUCAGCUCUGGGCCCCUCAGAUGAAUGUUGUGGUCUACCUGGGAGACAUCAGUAGCAGGAACAUGAUCCGGACUCAUGAGUGGAUGCAUGUUCACAGCAAGAGAAUGAAAUUUAACAUCCUCCUCACAACAUAUGAGAUUCUUCUCAAAGACAAGUCAUUUUUGGGCGGUGUUAACUGGGCCUUCAUUGGUGUGGAUGAGGCACACAGACUGAAGAAUGACGACUCCCUCCUCUACAAGACCAUGAUCGACUUCAAGUCCAAUCAUAGGCUUCUGAUCACAGGAACGCCACUGCAGAACUCCCUGAAAGAGCUAUGGUCCCUGCUGCACUUCAUUAUGCCUGAGAAGUUUCACUCUUGGGAGCUGUUUGAAGAUGAGCAUGGUAAAGGAAGAGACUCAGGAUACACUAGUCUGCACAAAGAGCUGGAACCUUUUCUACUGCGCCGAGUCAAGAAGGAUGUGGAGAAAUCGCUUCCUGCCAAAGUGGAGCAGAUUCUCAGAGUGGAGAUGAGCGCUAUCCAGAAACAGUAUUACAAAUGGAUCCUGACAAGAAACUACAAGGCUCUGAGUAAAGGUACCAAAGGCAGCACAUCAGGCUUUCUUAACAUCAUGAUGGAGCUGAAGAAGUGUUGUAACCACUGUUACCUUAUCAAGCCCCCAGAGGACAAUGAGUUUAUCAACAAAGCUGAAGCUUUACAGCAACUGAUCCGCAGCAGUGGGAAGCUGGUUCUGUUGGACAAAUUACUGGUCCGCUUGAAGGAGCGGGGCCACAGAGUUCUCAUCUUCUCCCAGAUGGUGCGGAUGCUGGAUAUCUUGGCUGAAUAUCUGAGGACCCGACAGUUCCUCUUUCAGAGAUUAGAUGGCUCCAUCAAAGGGGAGAUGAGGAAGCAGGCGUUGGAUCAUUUUAAUGCUGAGGGUUCAGAGGAUUUCUGCUUCUUGUUAUCAACACGUGCUGGUGGUUUGGGUAUUAAUCUGGCAUCAGCUGACACAGUAGUCAUCUUUGACUCAGACUGGAACCCCCAGAAUGAUCUCCAGGCCCAGGCGAGAGCCCAUAGAAUUGGACAGAAAAGACAGGUGAAUAUCUACCGUCUGGUGACAAAGGGCUCAGUGGAGGAGGACAUCAUUGAGAGGGCAAAAAAGAAAAUGGUGCUGGACCACCUUGUCAUUCAGAGGAUGGACACCACAGGGAAAACUGUCCUCCAUACUGGUGGUGCUCCCUCCAGUUCUGCACCAUUCAACAAGGAGGAGCUAUCGGCCAUCCUGAAGUUUGGUGCUGAGGAACUUUUCAAAGAGCAGGAGGGUGAGGAGCAGGAGCCUCAGGAAAUGGAUAUUGAUGAGAUCCUCAAAAGAGCUGAAACCAGGGAAAAUGAUCCUGGACCCUCCACAGUAGGAGAAGAGCUGCUGUCUCAGUUCAAGGUGGCCAACUUUUCCAUGAUGGAGGAAGAAGAAAUGGAUAUCGACUCUGAGCGUAGUCAGCGGAGUUGGGAUGAAAUCAUUCCUGAGGAGCAGAGGAGGAGGAUGGAGGAGGAGGAGAGACAGAAGGAGCUUGAGGAAAUCUAUUUGCUGCCCCGCAUGAGGAAUUGUGCCAAACAGAUAAGCUUUAACUCUAGCGAGGGCCGGCAGAGUAGGAAUAGGAGGUACUCUGGGUCCGACAGCGAUUCCACCUCCGACCGAAAGAGGCCAAAGAAACGAGGACGGCCUCGGACCAUUCCACGAGAAAAUAUCAAGGGCUUCAGCGAUGCUGAGAUCCGGAGGUUUGUCAAGAGUUACAAAAAAUUUGGUGGACCAUUAGAAAGGUUGGAUGCUAUUGCUCGUGAUGCAGAGCUUGUAGAUAAGUCUGAGCAUGACCUGAAACGCUUGGCAGAGACCGUUCACAAUGGCUGUGUUAGAACACUACGAGAAAACCCCUGUGGACCGGAGAAGACCUCAGGAGGCAGAAGGGGAAAAGUGAAAGGUCCUACAUUCAGGAUCUCUGGAGUCCAGGUCAAUGCCAAGCUUGUAAUCUCCCAUGAAGAAGAGCUGGCUCCACUCCACAAGGCAAUUCCUGCUGAUCCUGAAGAGAGAAAGAAGUAUAUGAUUCCGUGCCACUCGAAGGCAGCGCACUUUGACAUUGAGUGGGGGAAGGAGGAUGACUCCAGUCUCCUCAUUGGAAUCUAUGAGUAUGGUUAUGGCAGCUGGGAGAUGAUUAAGAUGGACCCAGACCUCAAUCUCACACACAAGCUCCUACCAGACGACCCUGACAAGAAGCCACAGGCCAAACAGUUACAGACCAGAGCAGACUACCUCAUCAAGUUGCUGAGCAAGGACCUGGCCAAAAAAGAAGCACAGAAACAAGCAGGGGCUGCCAAUUCACGGAAGAGGAAACCAAGAAGUAAAAAAAGCAAAACUCUGAAGCCAGCUAAGACAGAUGAGGUGGUAAAGAGCACAUCAUCAGAUCCCUCAUCGGACAAGAGGUCAGAUGAUGAUGAUGAAAUUGAGGACGAAAAGGCAGUGGCACCAGUGAAGGCACUGAGCAGACGAAGCCGAGCAGAGAGAGUGGUGAAGGAGGUGGUGGAGGAUGACGAUGAGCCUGAGCAGGAAGAGAUUUUUUCGUCAGGGGAGAAGGAGGUAAAAGGAAAAGAAAUCAAAAAGGAAGGCAAAAAGGAGAAGAAGGAGGAAAGUUGGGACAUUAAAGAGACUAAGGAGCUAAAAGAGAAAAAAGAAACAAAACCUCUGGAGGCAGUACUUAAACAAGAGGAGAGCAUGGAAAAGAAUGAAGUAAAGACUGAGGUACGAGAACGAACAAAGAAAGCUUCAGAUAUACCAGUCCAUAUAACAGCAAGUGGAGAAAAUGUCCCCGUAUCUGAGGAGUCUGAGGAACUUGACCAAAGGACCUUUAGUGUGUGUAAAGAGAGGAUGCGGCCAGUUAAAGCAGCCCUGAAGCAACUGGACAGACCAGAGAAAGGACUAUCGGAGCGCGAGCAGCUCGAACAUACCAGACAGUGCCUCAUCAAGAUUGGAGAUCACAUCACCGAGUGUCUGCAGGAAUAUUCAAAUCCUGAGCAGAUCAAACAGUGGAGAAAGAACCUGUGGAUAUUUGUUUCCAAAUUCACUGAGUUUGACGCCAGGAAACUACAUAAACUAUAUAAACAUGCAAUCAAGAAAAGGCAAGAGAAUGCCCAGGCUAUGGAACAGAACACUAGAAAUAUUAACACCCAUGGCUAUAAACAUGCAGACAUUGAAAGGUUGAAGGACAACUCUCACCAGGAUGAGAGCAGCAGGGAUAGCUGCAGCUCAGAUAGGCAUCAGCCUUCAGGUCGAUUCCAUGAGAGCGGUAAGGAGAGACACAGCUCUGACACGGCCCACAGGAAGACCACAGGAGGAGAGUCCAGGAAAAGACCAUACUCCUCCUUCAGUAACGGCAAAGACCACAGAGACAGAGACCACUACAGACCAGACAGCAGGGACAGAGACAGACAGGACAGAUACUACAAUGACAGUAAGCACAGGAAGCUGGAGGAGUUACGCUCCAGCAGAGACCAUCGGCCAGACAUGAGGGAUCAUUCCCAUUCAGACCACCGCUCUUCCUACCGCUACCACUCAGACUGGCAGACAGAGCAGCGAGCCUCAGCCAGCGGGCCCCGUUCUCCCCGAGACCAGCGCUCACCCUAUGACUCCCGGUCACCCAUGGGACACCGCUCACCUUUUGACUACUCGUCAGACCACAAGAGCACACCAGAGCAAAUCUGGAGCAGCCGCAAGACAUAACAGAAGCUGCCUGGGUCUGCUAGUAGCAGCCAUAGACUCAGCAACACAGCAAAUGCCUUACAGGAACUGUUGACUCCAACCUGAAACUGUUUGAAGUACUGUGUAUCAGUCAGUUUAGCAUGGCUGUCAUCUCCUUGCUUCAGCUGCAGCUCAUCUCUGGAACCUUGGAGAUCAGCACCAGGGAGGGGCUCAAACCAGGCAGCAGAUUUAAAAAAAAAAAAAAAAAAAAAAUGAAAGCAUAUUUUUGUAUUCAAGAGUUUAAAGCUGCAUUGUUGUGUAGGUUCAACAGCUUGCAGCAGAUUUUUUUUUGUUAUUUUUAUAAACCUUUUUUUAACCUUGGAAACAGAAACAAUUGACCCUGAAUGCUGCCUCCUGUUUCUACCAACCCAUGACACUGGAUCCUGUGUUUGAGUGUUUGUAUUUGUUGAUCUGUCUAUCUGUCUCUGUCUAUCAUGGGUAAUGUUAUUAGCUACCUUAACUUAAGUGUUAACUCAGUGAGAAGUCAGUUGUCACAUGAAUCACAUUACAAAUUGAUGUAAAGAUGUCUGGUUGAAUCCAGUCUGGGCUCAGGCUCACCAUUUUAAGUACCUCAUUUACAGCAUUUCUCAUUCCUCAGCAGGUUUUCUUUUUUCCACCAGGUGUGGAUUAUUUAAUAACAUAUUUUAGCUGUAUUAAAAAAAGGAUUUUCUCUCUUUCUUUUUUUUUCUUUCCUUUUGAGCAACUUAUAUCAUGUUUUUCAUUCAGAAUACUGUUGUAAAUUUUUGUAAAAUAGUAAAUCAGUGGUUCUUGUUCCUCAGGUGUUUGGAUUUAUUAUGACUGCUUUUCCCCAUUAACUCAGGCAUUUUUGUCAUUCUACGAGUGAGGUUCUGUAUAAUAGUUCUUUCAUGAUAAUUGCUUUCAGAAUGUAACUUUUGGUAAAGGGAAAGUUCUUCAGUGAAGCUCACUUUUAUUCACUAGUGUUUAGUUCUUUUGCCUCAUUGUGUGGAAAUGGGUAAGUUGGAAGGAACUUAAUUUUAAAAUCAAUCUGAAAAAAGACAGUUGUCUUUCAGUAGAAGUACCUGUUAGAUCUUAAAUAAACUAGAGUUUUUUAAAUAUUUUGUUUCUUUCAUUUUAUUUUCAGUGUAGGCAAUAAUAAUGUCAAUGUUUCUAUGCAGCCAAGUAUAUUUUUGGUGAACCACCCAACUGAAUGAAGUCACUGUUACGUUUCACACUGUUGUACAUAAAUUUCCUCUAUAUUUCAAAAUGAAUUUACGCUGAAAGUGCAUGAAUUUUUAUGAACUGUUUUAUAUAGUUGUUUAUGAAGCCAUUAAAAUCAAUCUCUGAACUCGCUCAUACAAGUCA